AUGGCCCCAAGGGGUCGCCGAGCUGUCAUCAAAGAAGAGGAAUUGUCUCAAGAUGAGGAUACACCGCAGGAGUUUGUUAGCAGCAACAGCAGCACCAGCAUCAGCCGCCGCCGCAGCAACAGCAGCAGCAGCAACAGCAGCAACAGGAGCAGCAGCAGCAGCAGCAGCGACGGCGGCAGCGAUGAUUCUGACGUAGAAGAGGGCUGCGAGGGGCUGCUGGAGUCGCUGCAGCAGGAGGAGCAGCAGAAGCAGCGAGCAUCAGAAGCUGCAGCAGCAGCAGCAGCAGCAGCAAAAAAGUGCGACGGGGCAGCAGAGGGGACCCUGCAGCUCCUCCGCGAUUCGGAGACAGAUGCAGCAAGUUUUGGGUUCGAAGAUAUAUUGGCAGGGGUUGAGGGCAGCACGCAGCACGGGGAGCUGCAGCAGCAGCUGAGUGCGCUGGCGGCUCCGUCGCGUCGUCUUGCUGCAGCAGCAGCAGCAGCAGCAGCAGCAGAAGCAGCAGGGGACGGCGCAGGAGCAGCAGCAGCAGCAGAAGCAGCAAAGCAGGUAGAACUCGAUUCGGGUGUGCUGCCGGAGCGGCUGCCGCUGCAUCAGCAGCAGCUGCUGCUGCGGCAGCAGCAAUAUGAGUAUGCGCAGCAGGAUGCAUGCAAGUGGAUGCCUGCGGUGCUGCAGCAGCAGCAGCAGCGGCAGCUGCACUUUGGCUUCACUGCAGCAACAGCAGAAACAAGCACCACGCGCAGCAUGCAGCAAGCAGCAGCACUUAUGCAGCCCCAGGGCUUCGAGGCUUUGCUGCUGAAUGCUGUUGCUGCUAGCAGCACGGAGCAGCAGCAGCUGCUGCGGGAGAAGGCGCUGGCUCCAGCAGACCCCAUCAGGCGACAGGAAGAGCAGCAGCGAGCAGCACGACUACGCUUUCUUUUAACUGAAGAGCACCGAAGGUUAAAGAGGUUAAAACAAAUAAAAUCAAAAGAAGGGCGAAGGAAAAGGAGACAGUUAGAGACUCGGCAGCAGCAGCAGCUGCUAGAGAGGCUGCAGCAGGAGAACCCCGAGCUUGCUGCUCAGCUGCUGCAGCAGCUGCAGCAGCAACACGCGAAGCAACGCAUCCUUAGGCAGCAGCAAGCAAGGACCCGCUGGGCGCGGCUCGCGCAGCGCUUUGGUGGUAAAGACAUGCAGGCGGAGAUCAGCAGACAGCAGCAGCGGGGACUAGAUGAGCGUCGGGCCUUAGAAAAGGCUGUGAAGGGACAGCAGCAAAGCGACGAGAGCGACGACGAGGGCCGCGCUAACAGCAGCAGCGAUGAGUGGGAGGAAGAGACAGCGGGGCCUCAGACAGCAGGAGAGAAGCUAGAAGCUCUGCGUGCAGCACGAGCAGCAGCAGCAGCAGCAGGAGCAGCAGGAGCAGCAGCAGCAGCAGCAGGAGAAGCAGCAGCAGCAGCAGCAGGAGCUCAGGAUACACCCGAGCUGCCACAGAAGGGACUCCUGGCCCUGCCGUUUGUAAGGAGAGGCAUUGAGAGGGCACGAGAAGAAGCAGCAGCACUGCAAGCGAAGAUAGAGAGGAGGAAGCAGCAGCGAGCAGCAGGCAUACCCAGCAGCAGCAGCAGCAGCAGCGACGGCAGCAGCAGCGAGGCAGAGGAGAGCAGCAGCAGCAGUGAAACGGAAGCCAGCGAAGAUGAACAAGAAGGAUCUGAAGGAGAUGUUGCUGCAGCGAGCAGCAGCAGCGCAGCAGCAAAGGCAGCAAAGCUACGCAUGGCUGCUGUGAAGCAAAAGAGGAAGAGCAAGAAAGCUGCUGCUGCUGCUGCAGCAGCAGCUGCUGCUAAUGCUGCUAAACCCCCUGAAGUAGAUAAAGAAGAGCUGCAGCAGGCGGAGGAACUUGUCUCUUCGAUUAUGAAGGAAGGAGGCCUCGAGGCUUUGCUGUCUUCUACUGUAGCAGCAGCAGAAGAGAAGCAGCAGGAGCAGGAGCAGCAGCAGCAGGAGCAGCAGCAGCAGCAAGAUGAUGAGGAAGCAAGCGGCGAAGAGGAAGAAGACCCGGCAGUGUCUUCGAAGGCCGCCAUUGCUUCGCUGCAGCGGACGCUGCAGCAGCAGCAGCGGGAGCAGCAGCAGCAGCAGCAGAAGCGCAAGGAGAUGCGGCAGCAGCAGCACGCAGAAAAGGCAGCAGAGUUGCAGAUGCAGGCAGCAGCGCAGCUGAAGAAGCAGCAGAAACAAAAGAAGCAGCAGGAAACACAGAGCAGCAACCCGUGGAUGCAGCAGCAAAAGAGCAGCAGCAAAAAACAAGCAGCAGCACCUGCUGCUGCUGCUGCUGCAGGGACGUCUGGACCUGUAAAGACGCUCCAAGAAGGCUUGGAGGACUUUCUGCAAGAUGUCUCUCAGGAGACAGCUGCUGCUGAGGCGAAGGAAGAGACCCCGAAAGCCGUCGAGGCGCAGCAGCAGCAGCAGCAGCAGCAGCAACAGCAGAAAAAGCAGCAGCAGCAGCAGAAGAAGCAGCAGCAGCAGAGGCAGCGGGAGGAGGAGCAGCAGAUGUUGGUGCAGCAAGCAUUUGUUACAGGAGAUGAAGAGCAGCUCUUUGUGGAAGAAGCUGCAGCAGAAGCAAGAAAAGACAAAGAAGAAAAUGAAGAUUCUUUUCUUCCUGGUUGGGGGAGUUGGACAGGAGCAAAUAUUAAAAAGCCUCGACGCAAGCCUGCUGCUGCUGCUGCUGCAGCAGCAGCAGCAGCGAAAGCAGCUGCAGCAGCAGCAAAUAUUGCCAAACGCCUCGUUGUUAUCAACACUAAAGAGGACAAGAAAAGCAGCAAAUACUUCGUCUCGCAGCUGCCCAAGUGCGUGCGGCCUGAGGAGUAUGAGGCUCAGCUGCAGCAGCCUCUGGGCCCUGAAUGGAAUUCUGCUGCAGCACACAGAAGGCUCGUAGCACCGAGGGUGGAUGUGCGUGUGGGGGCCGUUGUACCCCCGCUGCAGUCUGCAAAGUUGCUGCAGCCGGAAGCACGCGAAGAGCUGCUAAACCUGUGGGCACUCAAAGGCAGCAAAAGAAAAAGGUCUCAAGUCCUUGUGGGGGACGCGUUAGAUGGCGGUGCCGCAACAUUCUUGUCGGAGCCCAGCAGCGCAGCAGCAGCAGAAGCAGCAGCAGCUCCAGCAGCAGCAGAACUACCCCCAGCGAAGCGUUUGUCUGCUGCAGCAGGGAGUGCCUUGUCGCCCCCAUCGAAGAAGGCAGCAGCAGCAGCAGCAGCAACAGCAGCAGCAGAUGCAGCAGAUGACAUUGAUGAGGUCUUAGGAGAUUCUUUCUUCUCCCCACCCAGCGCAGCGCCUCCGGCUCCUGCUGCUGCUGCUGCAGCAGCAGCAGCAGCAAAAGCAGCAGACGUCCCUCCGGAUCCCCAGGCUCUUUGUGCUGCUGCAACUGCAGCAGGGAAGGUGCUGCCUGAAUGGGAGGUAAGCGGCAACAAGAGGUGGCUAUACACUCGAGAUAAAACUGCUUGGUUUAACUACGGUCUGGAUCAUAAGAGUUUUGUCGAGUGGGUGCAGCAGCAAAGAGAUAUCAGACAGCAGCGCAGCGCGAGGCUGCCCCUACACGUACAAGAUCAAGACUGGAAUCCCCAGCAGCAGCAGCAGCAGCAGCAGCAGCAACAGCAACAGCAACAGCUGCAGCAGCUGCACCAGCAGCAGCAGCAGUAUCACCACCAGCAGCUACAACCAGCGCACUUGCAGCAGCACACAUUUACUAUGACUGAGGCAGUCCUUCUCAGGAGACACAGCCAAAACAACAAUCAGCAACAGCAGCAGCAGCAGCAGCAACAUUUCCAGCAGCAGCAACAACAACAUUUGCAGCAGCAACAACAACAUUUGCAGCAGCAGCAGCAGCAACAACAUUUGCAGCAGCAGCAGCAUUUGCAGCAUUUGCAGCAGCAGCAGCAUUUGCAGCAGCAGCAGCAACAUUUGCAGCAGCAGCAGCAGCAGCAGCAGCAGCAGCAGCAUUUCCAGCCUUUU